AUGCCCGAUGCAUAUUCAUCAGGAAUUUCAUCACAUGAAAGUGGUGAAGACAGAUCAAUUUAUAAAAGAAAGGAAAAAGAAGAUCUUUCUCGUACAAGGUUAACAUCGCCGGAUGAUAAAGAUUUGGGAAUUGAUGAAAUAAUUGACAAAACUGCUAAACUUAAUAUCAGUUCUAGACGUUUUGAUUCUGUGCAUCCUUUAUUUAUCAGGGUUAUUAAUCCAUUGAUAUUGACAGCAAUUUCAUCUUUUAUUCGUCUUUAUAGAAUUGAGAGAGCAAACUACGUUGUUUGGGACGAAGCCCACUUUGGUCAAUUUGGAUCCCAUUACCUUAAAAGAGAGUUUUACUUUGAUGUCCACCCUCCAUUAGGAAAACUAUUGGUUGCACUUUCUGGAUAUUUGGCAGGCUACGAUGGAAAUUUUAAAUUUGACAGUGGUAACCCAUUCCCAGAUGAUAUGAAUUAUGUCUUUAUGAGAGUAUUCAACGCGUUUUUUGGGAUACUUGUGACUCCAUUGGCAUAUAGAACUGCCGUGCUCUUAGGAUAUAGUCAGUUUACGUGUUGGCUUGUGAGUUUAAUGGUUAUUUUUGAACAAAUUUCAUUAACACUAUCUAAGUUUAUCUUGUUGGACUCGAUGUUGCUAUUUUUUACUGUGUUUACCUUCUUUGGUUUAGUCAAUUUGCACAUUCUCUCCAAAAAAGAUCAAUUGAUGACCAAAAGUGGAAUUAAGUGGUUUUUAUUGACUGGUGUAGGUAUUGGGUGUGUGUGUUCAGUUAAAUGGGUGGGUCUCUUUGUCACUGCGGUUGUAGGGUUCUACACGAUUUAUGAUUUGUUGAUGAAGUUCUAUCAAACUGUGUCCACGACUCAAAUGACAUGGAAAACUUAUACCUCCCAUUGGAUUAUAAGGGUGUUUUCCUUGAUAAUAAUCCCAACUGCUAUUUAUAUUACAGCUUUCAAGGUGCAUUUUGCGGUUUUAAACCAUUCAGGUCCAGGUGAUGGGUCAAUUUCAACCUUGUUACAAGCCUCCUUAAUCGGGUCUGACAUAGGCUCUGGUCCUAGAACGGUUGCAUUUGGUUCUUUGGUGACAAUGAGAUCUCAAGGAUUGUCACCCAAUCUCCUUCAUUCUCAUGACCACAAAUACCCUGGUGGAUCACAAGAGCAACAAGUAACUACGUACGGUUUCAAGGAUGAAAACAAUGAUUUUUUAAUUGAAUUUGAUGUUUCAGAAGGCUUGAAAGAUAAGCAUGCAACCUUGGAAAAUGAAAAUGGCGUAGAUUACUACCUGAUUCCAGUACCAAACGGUGCUACAAUUAGAAUAAAUCACAAGAAAACUGGAUGUUAUUUGCGUGCAAAUUCAAUCACAGCACCAAUAACCUCAAGCAACUUUGAAGUUUCUUGCUCCGGAGAAGUUGAAUCAAAUGACUAUGCUGAUGAAUGGAUACUUGAAAUUCAAACUCAGGAACAAUCACCAUCUGAAAAGUUCCAUUCCGAAGACGCAAAUGUGCUUCAUCCAAUAUCAACCAAUUUUAGAUUGAAGCAUAAACAAUUGGGCUGUUACUUGGCAACCACAGGAAAAUCGUACCCUUCUUGGGGAUACGGUCAAGGAGAGGUAGCCUGUAAGUUCUCAUUCUUCAGUCGUGAUAAGAACACUUGGUGGAAUGUGGAGAAGCACGUAAAUGAUAAAUUGCCGACUCCCAAUGAAAAAUAUGUUCCUCCUAAGCCAAAAUUCUGGAAGGAAUUUGUUUUGUUAAAUUACGGGAUGAUGGCUGCAAACGGGGCAUUAAUACCAGAUCCAGACAAGUUUGACAAGUUGAGCUCGGAAUGGUGGGAAUGGCCAGUUUUGCAUACUGGUCUUAGAAUGUGUGGUUGGGGAGCCGAUGAUAUCAAGUACUUCUUACUUGGGAACCCAUUAAUAACCUGGUUGUCCACAGCAGGAGUGGCUUUAUUCCUAGUUUACACAUUUGUACAGGGUUUCCGUUACCAGAGACAGGUUACUUCGAAUUCACUUGCGGAAGGUGGAUUAUUGUUUCUCGGUUGGUUGUUCCAUUAUGUGCCAUUCAUCUUCAUGGGUAGGGUAAAAUAUCUUCACCAUUACCUCCCUGCCCAUUACUUUGCUAUUUUUCUUUUUGGUUUUGUCGUUGACAAGACUAUAAGCAAGAACAUUGGUGUUAGAUGGACUAUUUAUUCUUUGUUUUAUAUCGCUAUUCUUGCUUCCUUUUGGUAUUUCAAGGAUUUGUCGUUCGGAAUGGAAGGUCCUUCACUGAAUUACAAACACUUGAAACUACUUGGUUCUUGGAUGAUCUAG